AUGCUCUCCGGCGACGAGAUUCAUAUCUUUGAAUUGCUCCCGUACGCAACCGAGGGCCCAGCUGCUCCGCUUCGAUGCCAUGUUCACACUGCGUCGCUUUCCAGAGAUCCUGACUACGAGGCCGUCUCCUACGUCUGGGGCGACCCGAAACAAACGACAGGCAUCGAAAUAGAUGGACGCGAUGUCCAAAUCUCGAUGAAUCUAGCGACACUGCUACAAAGAAUCCGUCACUCCAACAGAAAAAGAGACAUCUGGGCGGAUCAAAUUUGCAUUGACCAGGGUAACGUGGACGAAAAGACUGCCCAGGUGCACAUGAUGGGAGAUGUCUAUUCAAAGUGCCGCCAGUGUUUGAUAUGGAUGGGCGAAAUUCCAGAGUCGAUUCCUGCAUCCGAUGUCGAAGCUGCAAUACACCUGCUUAAGUUCAUGGCGGCACCAGAGAACAUUAAUGCGCCCUCGUAUCUCACCUCGAACGACGAGUUCAGAAAAGUCUUCAAAGUCUUGUGCGAAAUCCAUCCCCAUAGAAACAGCUGGUGGUCUCGAAUUUGGACAGUGCAAGAGGUCAUCCUGCCACGGAAGAAGACCAUCAUUUGGGGCCCACAUGAAUUGUCAUGGGAACUCCUCAGCAGAGCCAUGUAUACCUGGACCACAAGAUACAUAGCCCCUUUGAACGAUGUUCUCCUUGAUCAGGAUAUCAAGGAAAUGAAUGUUCUGUCUUCCAACGUUGUAUGGAUCAAUGAUGGACGCAACACCGACCUUCCCUCGAUCCUGGCCGUGAAAUGGCUCAUGGAACAGGCUGGCUCCACCCACAUCCUCGGCGUCUCAGGCGUCAAGGUUGACAAGGUUCAAAUUAUCAGCCCGGAGCAAUGCGCGGUACCGGACUCUGACCUCAAAGUUUCUGAGAGACUGCAAGCUUGGUACAAGCUGGCCGUUGCCAAUCGACUGGAAAGCACCUCAGUCAGGCCCGAGACUCAGGAAGAGUUCUGCCGGCUGGUGGUUGGAGACAUAUUAGAAUCACGCGGAAAUGAAGCGUCGUAUUCAAUGCCAACUAAAGAGGUUUUGGAACAUGUUUGGCGAUUUGUAACAGAAGGAAAACGGAAGCCGGGUGAGAUCUGGAUCAAGCAGUGGCAUAUGCCAGGCCAACUCUUUGAUCAGGUCUUCUUCCUCACGGCCUCUGGCAUGAUGGGAUUGGGUCCCUGGGACACGCGGGUUGGGGAUGAGGUGUGGAUACUGAACGGGGCCAACAACCCAUUCGUAAUAAGGCCUCGUCAUCAUUUUGAUACUGGCGAUGCGUUUGAUUCUGUUGGCUGUGCUUAUGUUCAAGGCAUUAUGUUUGGGGAGUGGCUUCGACAACGCAUGUUGUCUCCUAAGAAAGUUUACCUUCAUUAA